UUACAGCCGCCCGGGUGAGGCCGCCGUCGUCGCCAAGGCUGUUUGGGGCUGUGACUGUGGGAGGCACCGGAGUGAUGGCGGUGGAGACUCUGUCCCCGGACUGGGAGUUCGACCGCGUUGACGACGGCUCACAGAAAAUUCAUGCUGAAGUCCAGCUUAAGAAUUAUGGGAAAUUUCUUGAGGAGUAUACCUCUCAGUUGAGAAGAAUUGAGGACGCACUGGAUGAUUCAAUUGGAGAUGUUUGGGAUUUCAAUCUUGAUCCUAUAGCAUUAAAGCUUUUGCCUUAUGAACAGUCUUCCCUUUUGGAACUCAUAAAGACUGAAAACAAGGUCUUAAACAAAGUCAUCACUGUUUAUGCUGCACUUUGUUGUGAAAUCAAGAAAUUAAAAUAUGAGGCUGAAACUAAAUUUUACAAUGGUCUCUUGUUUUAUGGAGAAGGAGCUACAGAUUCCAGCAUGGUGGAAGGCGAUUGCCAAAUUCAGAUGGGGAGAUUUAUUUCAUUCUUACAGGAACUGUCUUGUUUUGUUACGAGGUGCUAUGAAGUGGUGAUGAAUGUAGUCCAUCAGUUGGCUGCCCUCUAUAUCAGUAACAAGAUCGCACCCAAAAUUAUAGAGACAACUGGAGUUCAUUUUCAGACUAUGUAUGAGCACUUGGGAGAGCUGCUAACAGUUCUGCUUACCCUGGAUGAAAUUAUUGACAAUCAUAUCACACUGAAAGACCACUGGACUAUGUACAAAAGGUUACUGAAAUCUGUCCAUCACAACCCUUCAAAAUUUGGAAUUCAGGAAGAAAAACUAAAGCCAUUUGAGAAGUUCUUGCUGAAGCUAGAAGGACAGUUACUUGAUGGAAUGAUAUUUCAGGCCUGUAUAGAACAGCAGUUUGAUUCUCUCAAUGGAGGAGUAUCUGUGUCAAAAAAUAGCACUUUUGCUGAAGAAUUUGCACAUAGUAUUCGCUCAAUUUUUGCAAAUGUAGAAGCCAAACUUGGAGAACCUUCUGAAAUUGACCAGAGAGACAAGUAUGUAGGAAUUUGUGGACUCUUUGUAUUGCACUUUCAGAUUUUUCGAACGGUUGAUAAAAAGUUUUACAAGUCUUUAUUGGACAUUUGUAAGAAGGUACCAGCCAUCACUCUGACUGCUAAUAUUAUUUGGUUUCCUGACAAUUUUUUGAUCCAGAAAAUACCAGCAGCUGCCAAACUUCUGGAUAGAAAAAGUCUUCAAGCCAUUAAAAUCUACAGAGAUACUUUCCUACAGCAGAAAGCUCAGUCCCUUACCAAAGAUGUACAGUCUUACUACGUCUUUGUGAGCUCAUGGAUGAUGAAAAUGGAAUCUAUUUUAUCUAAAGAGCAGAGAAUGGAUAAAUUUGCUGAAGACCUCACCAAUAGAUGUAAUGUUUUUAUACAGGGCUUUCUAUAUGCAUAUAGUAUUAGUACCAUUAUUAAAACCACAAUGAAUCUCUACAUGUCCAUGCAAAAGCCAAUGACCAAAACAUCAGUUAAGGCAUUAUGCAGGCUUGUUGAACUUCUCAAGGCAAUAAAACAUAUGUUCUACAGGAGAAGCCUGGUUGUGGCUGAUUCAGUCUCACAUAUAACACAGCACCUUCAGCAUCAGGCUCUUAAUUCUAUUUCCGUGGCCAAGAAAAGAGUAAUUUCUGACAAAAAAUAUAGUGAACAGCGUCUUGAUGUGCUCUCUGCUCUAGUUUUGGCUGAAAACACUCUAAACGGACCAAGCACAAAGCAACGACGACUUAUUGUUUCUUUGGCACUAAGUGUUGGCACACAAAUGAAAACAUUUAAAGAUGAAGAACUCUUUCCACUUCAAGUAGUCAUGAAAAAGCUGGAUCUUAUCAGUGAACUUAGAGAAAGAGUCCAAACACAAUGUGACUGUUGUUUUUUAUACUGGCAUCGAGCUGUCUUCCCAAUUUAUUUAGACGAUGUAUAUGAAAAUGCUGUUGAUGCAGCCAGAUUACAUUACAUGUUCAGUGCUUUACGUGACUGUGUACCUGCUAUGAUGCAUGCAAGGCAUUUAGAGUCCUAUGAAGUACUUCUGGAUUGCUAUGACAAGGAAAUCAUGGAAAUUUUAAAUGAGCAUUUGCUGGACAAGUUGUGCAAAGAAAUAGAGAAGGACCUGCGACUUUCUGUGCAUACUCAUUUAAAGCUGGAUGACAGAAACCCUUUCAAAGUUGGCAUGAAAGACCUGGCCCUUUUUUUCUCUCUGAAUCCAAUUCGGUUUUUCAAUCGUUUCAUUGACAUUCGAGCUUAUGUAACUCACUACCUAGACAAGACUUUCUACAAUCUAACGACAGUAGCUCUUCACGACUGGGCCACUUACAGUGAAAUGAGAAAUUUAGCUACUCAGCGUUAUGGAUUGGUUAUGACCGAGGCACAUCUUCCUAGUCAGACUUUGGAACAGGGCCUGGAUGUCUUGGAAAUUAUGAGAAACAUUCAUAUAUUUGUGUCUCGAUACCUCUAUAAUCUCAACAAUCAAAUUUUUAUUGAACGAACAAGCAAUAACAAACAUUUGAACACUAUUAACAUUCGGCAUAUUGCUAAUUCAAUUCGAACACAUGGCACAGGAAUCAUGAAUACAACAGUUAAUUUCACCUACCAGUUUUUGAAAAAGAAGUUCUAUAUAUUUAGCCAAUUUAUGUAUGAUGAACAUAUCAAAUCCAGAUUGAUUAAAGAUAUUCGGUUUUUCAGGGAAAUCAAGGACCAAAAUGAUCAUAAGUAUCCUUUUGAAAGAGCAGAAAAAUUCAAUCGAGGCAUCAGAAAACUUGGAAUAACCCCAGAGGGACAAAGCUACCUUGAUCAGUUCAGGCAGCUCAUCAGCCAGAUUGGUAAUGCUAUGGGCUAUGUACGGAUGAUAAGAUCUGGUGGGCUUCAUUGUAGCAGCAAUGCCAUUAGAUUUGUACCUGAUCUUGAAGAUAUUGUAAAUUUUGAAGAACUAGUAAAAGAAGAAGGUCUUGCAGAAGAAACAUUAAAAGCAGCUAGGCAUUUGGAUUCCGUCCUCAGUGAUCACACACGAAAUUCUGCCGAAGGCACAGAGUAUUUCAAAAUGCUUGUGGAUGUUUUUGCUCCAGAAUUUCGAAGGCCGAAGAACAUACAUCUCCGAAAUUUCUAUAUCAUUGUUCCACCUCUGACCCUCAACUUCGUAGAGCAUUCCAUUAGUUGCAAGGAGAAAUUGAAUAAAAAAAAUAAAAUUGGAGCUGCCUUUACUGAUGAUGGCUUUGCCAUGGGUGUGGCUUAUAUUCUGAAGCUUUUGGAUCAGUACCAGGAAUUUGACUCACUUCACUGGUUCCAGUCUGUUAGAGAGAAGUACCUGAAGGAGAUAAGAGCAGUUGCUAAGCAACAGAAUGUGCAGUCAACUAGUCAGGAUGAAAAACUACUACAAACCAUGAAUCUCACUCAGAAGCGACUGGAUGUUUAUCUACAGGAAUUUGAAUUGCUCUGUUUCUCGCUGAGCAGUGCAAGAAUUUUCUUCAGAGCUGACAAGACUGCAGCUGAAGAAAACCAAGAAAAGAAAGAGAAAGAAGAAGAGACUAAAACAAGCAACGGAGACCUGUCCGACAGCACUGUGUCUGCAGAUCCUGUUGUCAAAUGAUACUGAUGGUCUUUGAUCCAUAUUUGUCUCAGUCAUUGGAAAUUCAGUGCAUAUACUAUGUACAGCCAGUAAUGUUUAAACAAAAGGAAUUGAGCUGAAAUUCAUGAAGCAUACAUAUCAAUAUUCUUAUAAAAGGGAUAUAUGAAGAUGGUUUUGAUACUAGAGGUGAGGCAUAAGUGUUAUGUACCCUUUUUGUACAGUGUGAACUGAUUCAUUGUUAAUUUCAUGUGGCUCACUAGAGCUGCUGCUGUCUGUGGUGAGAUAUUUUAUAACUAGUUUACAUUGCUUUGAGAACAUUUAACCUCCAAAAACUGCUUUAAAUUUAAGAUUUACUUAAUAAUCAAGGGGGAAGAAAAUACAGAUAAAGCCAUAGAGUCCUGCUUGAAGCUUUACUUUUGGCUGAAGGCAUUAUGUAUGAUAGCAGAGAAAAUUGAAUGAAUUCUUAUUUCUACAUCCAAACUCAGGUUUCUUCUACAUUAGGUUGAACUGAAGUCUUGAUGAUGGUUUGGGCAGACUUUUUCUUUAAACCAAGUAUAAUCUAAGAAAUCAGAUUAAGCACUGUGCAGGCUUUUAAAAAAUCACCACUGUGAGAAUAAAGUUCUAAUAAACUAAACCACUUGCUGAUUUAAAAGGUACAGAAAGAUUUUGAGUAAAUUUAGUUCCUGGCAAGCUAUUAGCUUUAUUUUUGUAAAGAUUAUAUCAGUUAAAUGGUUAAUCAUGGCCUAUAAUCUUUUAAUAUAAUACAGUGAUACCUUUACAGUGAAAACAAAAAAGUUUAAAACUUUAUGUGUAAUACUAACAUCAUUUUAGGAAAUACUUGAUUUUUCCAUUGCACUUGCCUAUUAAGCAUUUCUUUGGGUAAAUCCUGCAAGUAAUUCUAACAUUGUUGUUUGAUUUCCAGCUUUUGGAACGGGUGUACAAUGCCCUGUCUGUAUUCAUUGAUCACGGUCAGGGUAACUUUCCCAGCUCAAGAUAACACUUUCACUGUUAAAAUUCAGAAGAAACAGAAUAGGUAGGAAGUGUUUUUUGUUUAUUAUGUAAACAUGAUUUACAGAGUUAUGUACAAUGGAUGGAUUAAAGGCAUUUAAUAUUUGUAAUAUGUACUAACUGUAGAAAUGGCCCUAAAGCAUGCUGCAUAAUUAAUAAUUUAUAUUUUCAUUAUUGUAAAUGUUUAUAUUAAUGAUCUUGCAUUUGAUUGUAUCAAAUUGGUCACCAUUUCAUAGCAACAGUAUUGUUUUUUCUGUUUUUCUUCUCUAACUUCCCUAAAAUCAUCUCCUUUAAUAGAGAUAGAAAUUCUAAAUAGAAGAGAAUCAGAUGUCUCUGUCAUUACCCCACACAUGUCAGUUAUUUUAUCAAUACUAGAUAGAGUUCACAUGCUGACUGCAUGGAUACCUACAAUUGAGAAAAAUGUGACAGAUUAUUAUUUUGCCUUUAGUUCAAAAUAAUGUCACUGCAGUCUGGAUGAGGUAUAAUAAGUUUACUUAUUUGAAAUAAAAUCUCUGAAAAGAUUAAGCAUAUUUAAAUGCUGUUAAAAGUGCAGAGCAACAGGGCUUGAGUGUUUUACACCUAAGUUGAUGUACACAUUUAGAUGACAGUUUUCCUUGCUGAUGUAUUGUUAAUAUUCUCAUUUUUUUCAGACAUACUGCAGUUUAAAAAUCAGUGUGAGCAUUUGUUGUAAACUCACAGAAAACUUAAUGUUCAAAUUCUCAGGAAUUAAGGACUAACCAUAACAUUGUCAGUUCUAAUUAAAUUUUAUAAAAGAUGGCAAGUUUGUUAUCUCCGUUAAGUGGGGCUUUCCUCUUCCCCAGUUCUAAGAGAAUACAAUAUGCAUUGAUAUAAUAGAACAUUAAUAAAUAUAAUUUCAAAAAUUUA